CAAGACAGAUAGAGAGAUUCUACUAUCAUCGCCGAGAAAUACCUCCCAAACCACCGCAUCAUCGCAUCCACUCCUCUCCGCCAGCUGCCACCUUGGCGUCCUCUCUUUCGGAAUCCCGAACCACAACAAGGAUCUUAUUUUUACCAAUUGCCAAUUAUCAGUAGGGAAGGCUUCAACCGCCUUGCCUUGGCUUGGUUUACAUAUUAUUGGGUCCAACGAACGGGCCGAGAGAGAUUACGAUUUGUGACAUCAUUCGACAGUUUGUUGCCCAUUCGACAUGUCUGUUCCUACUUCCGCCCCCAUUGACGGGCAAGCCGAUUCGACCCUCCCUAGCCAAGACCGGCCGUCACAACCAGGAACCACUAACGGUGUGGAUAAUGAAAAAAGUGGCCAACAUAUCCCCGACGAUCACCAUACACAUCAAGAUGGAGGAGAGAAUGCGCACACCGAUGCUGAUGGCCUCAAUGAGAAGCAAAAUGGUCCCCUUCCUCGUCGUAGCACCUUUAAGAACAGGUUCAAGGAACAGAAGGAAAAGAUCAAGACCAAAACAAAGCCUCCUGGUGGUUUCGACCCCACCCCAUUUCCAGAUGCGCCUCCUGGCUUUACGGUGAAAUUUGUAUUUCAUAGAGCGGAAAAUUUACCUGCUGCCGACAUAAGCACAGGCACGUCAGAUCCCUUCCUGACCGCCACCCUCACCACUUCAUUACCCAGGCGACAUAAAGAAGAUCCUGAUCUUGUUUACCGUACGCGCACCAUCAGAAAAGCCAUUGAGCCUCGGUGGGAGCAAGAAUGGAUUGUUGCCAAUGUCCCACCGUCCGGAUUUAAGCUUAAGUGCCGAUUAUACGACGAGGACUGGCCAGACCACGAUGACAGAUUGGGUAAUACAGUGAUAGAAGUCCAUCCUCUACGUGAGGAUUGGGAGGGGUACCAUGAAAAGGAAUUCGAGGUCAAGAAACGUAGUGGCAGCAAGCGUGCCUACAUUCUCAAGGCCUGCACUAGCGUCUUCAGCAAAGACGUUUCCAUGACCCCGAGGCUAUAUGUGAGUAUUAUCGUCUUAGGCAAGUCUGAUCCGCCGCAUGGCCAGAUAUACACAGCUGGCCCAACGUACUAUUUCAAGCAUUUCUCCCCCAUGAUUGGCCGAAUGACCGGUAUCAAGGUCAAUAAGGAUGAGGCCGAGGAUUCAAACGACCACGAAUCUACGGCUGCAGCGUCUGGAUCCAACAGCAAUAGCAAGAAAACAGAAAGAAGGACACAGAAGUACGAUUUCCAGGCCAAUGAAAUACAGCUAGCUGGUCCAGUCCCACAGAGAUUGUACCACAGAUAUGUUGAGUUCCGACCUAUCAUUGGUCUCCUAUUCAAGAGUAGUGGACUACGCGGCAAGAUUCUGAACAAGGCUCUCCACCACCAACAUAACCGUAUCUACAACUUCGACAAAGGAACGCAUUUUGGCACUUUCGAACCGUGCUCGGAGGAAGCAAGUCUCCAAUUCUUGAAGAUGGCCCAUUUUGAUGAAGGCGGACGACUAUUCACCUACGUUAUUACGUUAGAUGGAAUCCUGCGAUUCACAGAAACUGGCAAAGAGUUUGGUAUCGACCUUCUUAGUAAGCAUACUAUGCAUAGUGAUGCUGCGAUUUAUAUUGCUUGCUCGGGCGAGUUCUUCAUUCGAAGGUUGGAAAAGCCCAAGGUAACUGAGGACCCUAAUCCUGGUCAGCCUACUCAUCCUGAGGAAAUUUUACAGGGCGGCCCACCCAAUGACCCUCCGCCAACCAAGCCGCAAUACUAUCAAUUGGUCAUUGACAAUGAUAGCGGUACAUAUCGACCUGAUAAAUCAGUGUUACCUGAUCUGCAGAAGUUGUUGGAGCGUAAUUUUCCUGGUCUAGGUGUCGUAGCGCUAGGUUGCGACGAUGAAGAGGAUCAAAAUCUCAAGGCGGCUCAACGAAAGGUGAAGAAGAGGGAAGGCCAGACGGUCAACAUGGUGCUGAACCGUAGCCCCAGCGCCAACUCGUUUAGCUCCGAUGAUGUUAGCGACCUCGAGGAUAUGGAAAGAUCCGGAGAUGUGGGUCGUCGCUCGAAGAAGGAGAGGGCCUGGGAGCUACUGGAAGAACCGAGACGAAUCAAGGAAUACACAGGAAAGCAUCCCGCGGACGCUGCAUUAAGUGGACCGAGUGGGAGUGGUGCCGCCACCUAACGAGCCGAUCACUGACAAUCUCAUCUAAUUUUUUCGAUUUUUCCUUGGUUCACCUAGGUGGACCCGACGAUAGGCGGCUGAUCUGGUUUCAGUCACGAAAAUUCUGAUUUUUACAGCCUUCUGAUUUGACAUUCUACACGACGAUUGAUUCCCCUAUUGCCUUUGCUUUAUUACCAGACAAAACGCGUCUCACGGCGUCAUGUAUCAUCGCUUCUUUUGUUCAUAAUACCUUCGACUAAUUACUACAUUCAAUUUAUCACAUAACGAGCCGCUGUGGAUUUUCUGUGUGCAUUGUCCAUACAUCAAGUAUUGACCUAACCUACCUAGGUAUCCAUCUCGAGUUUCUAUAUGUUCCAGAACGUCUUGAAUAGUUGCUGUACCUGACUAACUCAGCUCGUCGCUGGUGAACUAAUUCAAACUAGAAUUAUUUAGUAACCCUCAAAACCAUGGUCUCGAACUUGACCCUCUUUAUGUUUCCACCUAUUAAGCAGAGCCGCCUUGCAUCUAGUCUAGAUGCCCGCCUGACCUAAGAUAUCCAUCCAAAACUACCCAAUUCUACAUCAAUCGUGAUCGCAACGGCACGAAGCUAGGUUAUCGAGGUUAGUGAGAUUUAGAUCGGAGAAAGGAAUGUCAAUUAAAUCGGUUAUACGAUGCUGUGUUGUUCGCAGCAUAUGUUCC